AUGGGAGACUACGAUGAAGACACCGCGUUCCUCGGACAGUCCGGUCCUUAUUUCUGGACCACGUUCUUCCUCCUGAACACCGUUUUCGUCUCAACUGGAUUCAACGGACUUUACAUCGUCUUCGUCGGUGCGGCCCCCAAACACCGCUGCCUGGUCCCGGACGUCAACCUGACCGAGGAGUGGACGGAGGCCAUCAUUCCUCUGGCGGUGGUGGACGGCGAGGAGGUGCGGGCCCAGUGCAGCAGGUACCGGCUGGACGUGGUGAGGAAUCUCUCCGCCGCAGGGUACGUUCCUAGAAGAGACGUGAACCUCACGGACCUGGAGCAGGAGAAAUGUCUGGACGGGUGGCUCUACAGCAAAGACGUCUACCGGUCCAACAUCGUCACCGAGUGGGACCUGGUCUGUGGCGACGAGUGGAAAGUUCCCUUUGCCUCGUCGACUCUCUUUGUGGGGUACCUCUUCGGGUCCCUGAUCUCAGGACAUCUUUCCGACAGGUACGGGAGGAAGAAGGUUGUGUUCGUCUCUCUCGCGGCCCAGUGCCUCUCAGUGCUGCUUCAGUCCUUCUCCCACUCGUGGAGGAUGUUCUGCAUCAUGUUCCUCUUUGUCGGAGCCUCCCAGAUAUCCAUCUACAUUUCUGCCUUUGUACUCGGAACGGAGGUCUUGAGUAAAACCAUGCGAGUGCUCUUCACGACCCUGGGGGCCUUCCUCUUCUAUUGCAUCGGGUACAUGACUCUGCCCUGGAUCGCGUACGGCAUCCGAGAGUGGAGGACGCUGCUCGCCGUCCUGUCCAUGACGUCCGUGGUCUACAUCCCGCUGUGGUGGUUCAUCCCAGAGUCUCCUCGGUGGCUCCUCACUCAGGGGAGACUAGAGGAGGCCGAGGCCAUCGUGAGGGAAGCAGCGAGGAAAAACAAGGUUGUGGCGCCUCCGGUGAUCUUCAAAGAGUCCGAGCUCGGAAUCCUUCCGAGCAGGACGUACAGCAUGCUGGACGUCCUGAGGUCCAAGAACAUCCGAUGCAUCACCCUGAUGUGUCUCGUCUUGUGGAUGGCAAUAAACGUCGGGUAUUUCGGGUUGUCCCUGAACACCUCCAACCUGAGUGGAGACCCCUUCAUGAACUGCUUUUUGUCGGCGGCCUCCGAGGUGCCCGCCUACAUCGUCUCCACCUGGCUGCUGAGGAGAUGUCCCAGAAAAGCUCUCCUGUCGUCGUUCCUCGUCAUCGGAGGAGGAGUUCUUCUCCUCAUCCAGUUCAUCCCGAAUACCCUUCAGUAUGUUGCUCUGGCUUUGGAAAUGACCGGAAAGUUUGGCUUCACCAUGGCCUUCAGCAUCGUGUACAUCUACACCGCCGAGCUUUACCCCACGGUGCUCAGGAACGUCGGCAUGGGGAUGUGCUCCUCGGCGGCACGCAUCGGCAGCAUCACGGCUCCUUAUGUCAUCUACCUGGGCACUUAUAAUAAGGUUCUGCCGUAUAUUCUCAUGGGAAGUCUCACGAUUGCCUCCUCUGUGGUGAACUUCUUCCUCCCGGAAACCCUCAACAAAGAUCUUCCAGAAACAGUGGAGCAGAUGCAACAAUGUCAGGGGUUGUGCAACGGUCCCAAAAAGAAGAAACAAGUAGCAGAAGAUGAAGGGAGGAGCCAAGUCUGAUGCUCCUCCUCCUUUGUAG